CUUUGCAAAGGGUUCCUCAAGACGCAAGUGCAAAAGAGUUGCCGCAACAAACUUUUUUGCGUUUCGUUUCGCUCAAAAAUGCUCUACAACCCGUCGGCGUACAAGAACAUGAGCGCGACCAGCUACGCCGUCGCCAGCCCCGAUGGAGCCAAGCGCCACAUGAUCUCGAUGCCGCGUCGCAGGGACAGCCCGCCAUUGCCAGGCCUCGUGUCCAUGCUGCAGCAGCAGCGCAACCCGCAGGAAUCCUUCAUUCUGUCUCCGCACUCGCUGCAAAUCGCCCAAGCGCCUCGAGCCACCACGCCCAGCACCAGCAGCGAAGACGGCUCGGAGCCGCUUAAAUACACGAGCACAAUGUACCGCCCGAAGAUCGAGACCAGCCCGAUCUCGGAGCAAGAGCGCAAGGCCGUGGCAACAAGCAUUGCCGCUUCGUUGGCACCAACGGCGACAGCUUCAUCCGUUGCCGCCCCGCCAGUGAAAUCGUCGCGGUAUUUGCGGGAAAUGGACCGCCGCGCCAUUUUAUCCCGCAUCGAGCAAGGCGAAAAGCAGUCGGCACUGGCAAAAGAGUACAAAGUGAGUCGAGCGGCCAUUUGCAACCUGAACAAGCACAGAGACGAAGUUUUGUCCAGGAAAAAUGGCAACCCGCUGGCCAAACACCCCAAAAAGCCGCGCCCCAAGACUUUGAAAACGAAAAUUGGCAAAAGCGGAUGGUCCCCGACCAGAGAGAAUUUGCCACAAGAGCAAGAGGGGGUGUACGAGAUCAAAUCGCGCGCGGCGGCGCUGCUACUCACGACUUUAAGGAAGAAACACGCCACGGUGAGUGAGUUCCGACGCUCGAGCGACCGACUCAUGCGCAUCGUGAUGGAGGAAGCUCUGGCGCAUGUGCCGGUCAAGACGGUGGAGAUUUUUUUGCCAAACCACAGCAAGUCGGACGGUGUGGCCCUGGAGCACCCGCCGUGUGCCGUCUCCAUGGAACCAGCAGGGUGCCCCAUGCUCGAUCUUUUCCACUUGAUGGAGCCGGAUCAGCCCACGGGCUACGUGAGUUUCGGCGAUAUGUCGGCUUCGCCCAGUGAUUCUCAGACCGGAGACGUGCAAGCCAAGAUUGGUGGCAAUAGACUACCCAGUAGCCUAAAUUAUCACAACGUGUUCGUUAUGGAUCACGUGGUUACCUCCGCCGAGGUGGUGAUCGCCGUAGUGAGACGGUUGCAGGAGCACGGAGCAGUCGAAGCCAUGAUUUCCCUCGUGGCUCUAAUUGCAACUCCGGAAGCGGUGGAAAACAUUCAUUCUGUCUUCCCAGCACUGAAAAUUGUCGUGGCACAAGUGGAUAAUGGAGGAGAAGAGCUGACAGCGCCGUCCCCAGUCGAUAUCGAGGCCAUGCGCAUGCGUGCAUCGACUACUGAUAUGAUUCUGGAUCGCCUGGAACAAGUUUAUCACGGCCUGUCACCAGCCACUCCAUACUGAAGUGCUAAGCACAAGAAAGUGAGUUCUUAGGUAUAAUGACGUUAAAACUCCAUGUAUACUAAAUAGUGAUAAGAAAAACAAAAAAGUUAGCAUGAAACAUGAAAAUAUUCCGGAAAAUGUUACAUUUACGAAACAUUGAAUACGA